CUUUAGUUUUCGUUUACUGGCUGCAACAACUUCAAAUAGUUAUUAUCCUUCAGCCAGUUUACAUCGUGAAUCCUUCUACAAAUUUUCACACGAUGCCUGCCUCAGAUUGCAUAAAAAAGAUAUAUUUGAUUAUGGUACUUAUUGUUUAUUUCAUCGUUGUAUUUUUUAUGCGUGUGGACUUUGAAAGAGCUCUAAUCAAAGAAGGAAGAAAAGACAUUGACUUUUGGUUUGACCAUAACCCAAAUAAAGACAGAGAUGAAGCAUUACGUAUCAAGACAAUGAAAUAUUAUAACGCCAUAAUAGAGCUUCAUCAAUCUAAAGGCGCGAGAAGGAGGUUUAACAUGAAUCAUGAAAUACCAGGACGUUUGCAUCAACCCGCUCGUCAUUUGAAACCAGCUGUUUGACUUCAGUAAAUGAAGAACUAGAGGCCAGCACGAUAGAAUAAUGUGAAUAAACUAAAGCGGAGCGGCAUAUAGAGCUUAAAAAUAUAGACACAUGAUCAUUAUCAUCUUAGAUACAACAAUAAAGUGAAAUAAUAUGACUUCAAUUGUUUAAA